CCUUUUUUAAAUUCGUAUUUCUUAAGGCCCAUUUAUGAUCCAAAGAAAAAUAGCGAUUUCGAACUCUCAUCUCCUCUAUCACACAGGCUUCACUUGUCACCUGAAGCUUCCCUUCUCUAUCUUCCAAAUCACUCACUUCUUUCCACAAUACACAUGCUCUUGCAUUACCAUUUUGAUGUUCCUGUUAGAGAAUCAUACAUGUUGAUGAUCUAAACACCCUAAAACCUCAUCGAGACAAAAGUUGCAGUCAAACUGUUCGUGGAAAUUCCUAAGAGAGAAUCCUCCCCGUGUCCGAUUCCAUCACUUAAUGUCUGAACAUUAACCCCUUGCUGUUUCACACACCUCGUUGGGUUAACAUGCAUCACAUAACAAGGCAUCUAACCCCUGUCAGGGCAAACCCAAAGAGGUUCUGUUCAGUCCAGGUUCUGUUUCAUUCUUCUGUUGAUUCCCACGAAGAAUGGUACAGAAACAAACUCUCAGUUCUGACAAAAUUGUCCCGUGCAUUGAGAGACGUUGAUUUAGUCGACGGGAAGCUAGAGGACAUCAACGGCGUCAUCAUCUACGACGACAGUAUCAAACAAAAGAUGCAAGCUUUCAAGUCUCUAGCUAGAAUCUUCGUGGGUUCUCCUUCACUUCAGCAGAAGCUCAAGCAACAGGGAGGAGUAGGAGGAGGAGGGCGCUUAGUUUUCGGGACCGAAAGCGAGAGAGAGCCGUUGGUAGUGAAUUCUUUAACAAAAGUUUGCAACUUUCUCGACAUCUCUGCACAACAGAGGAAGCUGGUGAGGUGCACCGUGUGUUCUCAGGUGACUCAGUAUCGUAUCUGGAGAGGCGCUCUUGAAGAUGUAUUGAACGGUCUCAAAGACGAAGUUGGUUGGUUACUUGAACGGAGUAGCGAGACGACGACGACGAGCCAAGGCGCGAAGUUGGGGCAGCAAGUGGUUCUGUCUUGCCUCAGGUUCUUGUCUGAUUCAUCGGUUUCGUAUGAAGCCGAGAACUCGACUUCUUGGAUGCGGCCUGUGCCAGCUAGGUACGCAAAGGCGAACGCUUCUGCGAAGUGGGAAGAUGUUCUUGACAUGGUGAAUGAUCUGAGAAGGUAUCUGGGACAUGACGAAGUGCUUUACCAUCUUGAAAAGCUUUUGUUGAUGAAAGAAGGGCUUCUACAGAUCAAAGACGUGUUUCUGGACAACACUAUUGGAUUCAGGGAGGUUAGACAUCAAGAGCACCUUGUACAUAGGAAGCUUUCAAAGAUGCUGGGAAGUCCUUCGCCUUGUUUGUUCACUCUCCUCAUAUAUUUCCUCUACGGCCGUGUGCGUGACAUCGAAGUUGAUCUCUGUGGAGGGUUCUACAAGGAGGAGAAGAGCGGGUUCUUUUGCUUGAGCAUGGGGAGGAUCUUGACCUCAACGGACGAGAGAAUGGUUCGGAGAGGGGUCAAGCAGUUAGAUAGAGCUUUAGGGCUGUUUGAGUUUGUGUGGGAAACAGCAGGAAUGAAAGAGACUCUUAACUUGGAGGGACAUUUAUGGUGCCUUGGAGCUGAAGAAAAGACUAUCACAUAUCGUGGGAAGACGUUCUAUCUGCAUGACCUUAGCCUAUGAAGUUGUGUGAGGAAGAGAGCACUGUAUCCGUAGACACAUUGUUGAAAGAAAAAAGGUUUUCAAUAAAAACUUAAUUGAAUACAAAAGAGUUCGAUAUAUAUAAAGUUACAUUGCUUCCAAGCUUUAA